GACACAUUGUCUGGAACUGGGAGUUGGAGUUUAUCUCCUUCUUGGGAAAGGCUGUAUACGACCUACCUUCUGUGUAUGAAAAUUUUCUGUUCUUACCUUGUUCUUAGCUUCAUUGUGAUUGUUACUGUGUGGUGGUAGUCGUAUCAUUGGUAUCAGAGACUGGUUGCCGUGGUGAAUGGUUGGCACGAGGAAGAAAAUGGAAGGGAGAAUGAAUGACGUUGAGCGAGGUCAACGUGAGAUACAAACGAGCAUGGAUAAUUUAGCUGCGAAUAUUGCAGCGAUGCAAACUGCGAUGCAAGCCAGUAUCGCUGAAUUACAAGUUCAGAUGACCAAUCGAUCUCGGAGUCAGUCGCGACGAUCGAACAACUCACUGCGAACAGCUCAUCAGAGGAAUCCGCGAGAAGAAGAUAGUUCGGAUGAGGCAGUUAACAAUUCCGUCUCGCAACACAAUUGCGAACCUAGACGGAAUCAUAGAAAUCAGAAUCAUAGCGCCAGAAAAAUUGACUUGCCCUUAUUCAACGGGAAGGAUGUUUCUGGUUGGUUGUUAAGGAUGAACAGAUACUUCCGAUUGAAUCGGACAGGAGAAGAAGAUAAAUUGGAUGUAGCGGUCAUCGCAUUGGAAGACCAAGCUCUCAGCUGGUUCCAAUGGUGGGAGGGACAGGCACAGCAUCUGAAUUGGGACUCAUUCACACGGGCGUUGACCAGGAGAUUUCAACCUAAUUUGGUUCAGGAUCCCUUGGGGCCUCUAUUUAGUCUGAAACAGAAGGGAUCCAUAUCCGAGUAUAGAGAUACAUUUGAGACAACUAUUGCAUCCCAAGGACAUUUAUCUGAAGAAGUGUUGAAAGGUGUGUUCUUAAAAGGGCUGAAAAGGGAUAUUAGAGCAGAAUUGAAGCUCUAUAAGACCAGGACAUUGGCUGAGGUGAUGGAUAAAGCAACAUUGAUUGAAAACAAGAAUGUGGAGGCAGUUUUAAUGAAGAAUAAGGAGGAAAACAAGAAGAAGGGACAAGGCAGGAAUAUCAUUCAGGGUCAGGGACAGAGUUGGAAUGAAAAUAAUAAAUGGAGAAGCUAUCCAGGACCUAUGAGAAACUCCAGUACAGUAAACAAAGGGGCCAGUGAAAUCAGAAAGCAGCCAGAAGUGAAAGAAGUUUCUGAAAGAAGACAAGGGACCAGAUUAUCUCAAGAAGAGUUGUUGGAGAGGAGCAAGAAGGGGUUGUGUUUUAAAUGUGGUGAGAAUUGGAGCAGAGGUCAUGCUUGUAAAAUGAAAAACUACAAGAUGGUGUUGGUAGAGGAUUCUGAAGGGGAAGAGAAUUCAGAGAUUGAGGGAGAAGAAACAGUAGAAGAAUUCAUAAGUACUACCAAUCAAAUGGAAAACAAGAACAUGCAACUCUCAGUCCUAAGUAAGGAAGGCAUAUCCUCUAUGACUACUUUCAAGGUGAUAGGGAAGAUGAAAUGGAUUGGUGGAGUGAUAGAGGUCACUGUGUUAAUAGACAGUGGUGCUACACACAAUUUCUUGUCCAGAAAAUUGGUGGAGAGCAAGAACAUACCUUACAAUCCAAUUAAGGGUUAUAAGGUCCAGAUUGGGAAUGGUGAAUGUAUACCCAAUUGGGGCAGAUGUUCAGUGGCAGAAUUGGAAAUUCAAGGAGUACAGAUUCAACAAGAUUAUUACAUCUUGGAAUUGGGAGGUGUGGAUAUAGUGUUGGGAAUGGAAUGGCUGACUGGUUUGGGAGACAUGGAGGUAAACUUUAAGCAUCAAAUCCUAAAGUGGAAUCAGAAAAGGGAAACAUAUAUCAUAAAGGGAAAUCCAAAUGCUAAUCAGAUAGAGGUGACUUUGAAGACUAUGGGUCACAUAUUACAUCAGGAAGGUGAGGGGUUCUUGUUAUACUGUGAAGGAGAAUCUGGGAAACUGACUGAUAUGGAUGACAGGGAAACUGAAUGGGGAGAAGUGAUAGCUGAAUUCUCAGAAGUAUUUAGUUCUACACUACAAUUUCCACCUGCAAGGGACUGUGAUCAUGCCAUAAAUAUUAAAGAAGGAGCAGAGAUACCUAAUAUCAGACCAUACAGGUAUUCAUUUGAUCAGAAAAAUGAAAUUGAGAAGAUUAUUGCAGAAAUGUUGAAAUCUGGAAUUAUUAAACACAACAAUAGCCCGUAUAGUAGCCCCAUUCUAUUAGCUAAAAAAAAGAUGGGGGCUGGAGGUUUUGUGGAGACUAUAGGGCUUUGAAUAAGGUUACUAUUCCUGAUAAGUUUCCUAUUCCAGUAAUUGAAGAGCUGUUGGAUGAGUUAGGUGGUGCCAGAAUUUUUUCAAAACUGGAUCUCAAGGCAGGUUACCAUCAGAUCAGGAUGAAAGACUGUGAUACACAUAAAACAGCUUUCAGGACCCAUGAGGGUCAUUAUGAGUAUUUAGUUAUGCCCUUUGGGCUGACUAAUGCUCCAUCCACUUUUCAGUCACUAAUGAAUGAGGUUCUAAGGCCUUUUCUGAGAAAAUUUGCUUUGGUGUUCUUUGAUGAUAUUUUAGUCUACAGCAAAACUAAGGAAGAACAUAAAGAACACCUAAGAAAGGUUCUGGGAGCUUUGAAGAAGAACCAUUUAGUGGCAAAUCAAAAGAAGUGCUCAUUUGGCCAAAAACAACUGAAUUAUCUGGGACAUAUUAUUUCAGAAGAUGGUGUGGCAGCUGAUCCUGAAAAGAUUGAAGCUAUGAAGAAUUGGAAUAUCCCUAAGGAUUUGAAGGAACUCAGAGGGUUCUUAGGUCUGACUGGGUAUUACAGAAGGUUUGUAAGGGGGUAUAGCAAGAUUGCUGCUCCUCUUACUGUGCUUUUAAAGAAGGAUGGGUUUAUAUGGAAUGAGAUGGGUACUGAGGCUUUCCAGAAUCUGAAAGAGGCCAUGAUUUCUUUGCCAGUGCUCAGAGUACCAGAUUUUAAUAAAAUGUUUGUGAUUGAAACUGAUGCUUCAGGAAAAGGUUUAGGGGCUGUAUUGAUGCAGGAAGGGGGACCUCUAGCUUAUAUGAGCAAACAGUUAUCUCCCAAAUACUUGAAUAAAUCAGUGUAUGAAAAAGAAUUAAUGGCUAUUGUUUUUGCUAUUCAAAAGUGGAGGCCUUAUCUUUUGGAAAGGAGUUUUGAGGUACAUACAGAUCAGAGGAGUCUGAAGUAUUUGACUGAGCAAAAGGCUAUGGGAGAAGAUCAGCAAAGAUGGAUAGCCAAAUUGAUGGGCUACAACUUCACCAUUAGAUACAAACCAGGGAUUGAGAAUAAGGCAGCUGAUGCCUUAUCCAGAAAAUACUCAUAUGCAGCCAUAUCUACUGUAACUUGUCAGGAGUGGGAGGGUCUGGAAGAAGAACUGGAGAAGGACCCUAAAUGGGGGGAGACAAUGCAGAAGAUGUUAAUUCAACCAGAUAAAUAUCCAGAUUAUAAGAGGAAAGGAGGAUUACUUUAUUACAAAGGGAGGUUGAUUUUACCAAAGGGAUCCCACAGAAUUUUGAUCAUUCUCAAAGAAUACCAUGAUUCAGCCAUAGGGGGUCAUUCAGGGUAUUUCAGGACUAUGAAGAGGAUUUCCAAUUUAUUCUUCUGGGUGGGGAUGAGAACUGACAUCAAGGAUUAUAUUCAAGGGUGUGACACUUGUCAGAGGAAUAAAUAUCAGGUUUUAAAGCCUGCAGGAUUGCUGCAACCUCUACCCAUACCUGAACAAGUGUGGACUGAUGUUAGCAUGGACUUUAUUGGGGGUCUACCAAAAUCACAAGGAAAAGACACUAUUUUGGUGGUGGUUGACAGAUUGACAAAGUUUUCACAUUUCAUACCAUUGGCACAUCCCUAUAAUGCCAAAGGAGUGGCUGAAAUCUUUAUUCAGGAGGUGGUGAGAAUACAUGGAUUCCCAAAGUCCAUUGUGAGUGAUAGAGACAGCCUUUUCUUGAGUUCUUUCUGGUCAGAGUUGUUCAGAUUGGCUGGGACAAAACUCAAAUAUAGUACUGCCUACCAUCCACAGAGUGAUGGGCAGACUGAAGUGGUGAAUCGUUGCCUAGAGACAUAUUUGAGGUGUUUAAGUGGGAAGAAACCUAGGCAAUGGGUUAAAUGGCUUCCAUGGGCAGAAUAUUGGUUCAACACUAAUUAUCAUAGCUCCUUGAAAAGCACUCCAUAUCAGGCUUUAUUUGGACAAUCACCUCCUGCUAUCAUUAGAGGUGAUGUCAGUAUAACUUCAGUAGAUGAAGUAACUAAAAUGACUGCUGAGAGGAAUGAGAUGUUGACCGAACUAAAGGAGAAUUUGGCCAGGGCACAAAAUUUGAUGAAGCAACAAGCUGAUAAACACAGGAGAGAAGAGGAAUUGGAAGUGGGAGAUCAAGUCUUCUUAAAGAUACAACCUUAUAAAAUGAGAAGUUUGGCCAAGAGAAUCAAUCAAAAGCUGAGUCCCAGAUUUUAUGGCCCUUAUGAAAUUUCAGAGAAAAUAAACAAGGUUGCUUUCAGAUUAAGGUUGCCAGAAGGAAGUAGAAUACAUCCUGUAUUCCACAUAUCCUUGUUGAAGAAGGUGCUGAAACCCACUGUAGCUUAUCAAAGCCUCCCAGAUUGCCUCACAGAAGAUUGUGAGUUGCAAGUGAGACCUGAAGCUGUGAGAGACAGUAGGCUGAAUCAGGAAGGGAAGAAGGAGGUCCUAGUGCAUUGGCAUGGCCUUCCUGAUUUUGAAGACUCAUGGGAGGAUAUUCAUAUGAUCAGAGAUCAAUUCCCUGACUUUCAACUUGAGGACAAGUUGGUUCUACAAGGAGGGGGUAUUGAUAGAGAUCCAGCUAGUCUAAGCAAUCAGAAUAGAAGAUUCGGGAGAGUAUAUUCUAAAAGGCCUAAAAUAGACUAGCGGUUAUUAGUUAAAAGCUGUUAAGUAACUAAUAACUACCUUCUGUUUGUAGAAGGAUAUAAAUAGAAUAAUUCUGAUGUAGGAUGGCAGGCUGUUUUUAGACACAUUGUCUGGAACUGGGAGUUGGAGUUUAUCUCCUUCUUGGGAAAGGCUGUAUACGACCUACCUUCUGUGUAUGAAAAUUUUCUGUUCUUACCUUGUUCUUAGCUUCAUUGUGAUUGUUACUGUGUGGUGGUAGUCGUAUCAGUACCUCUACUAAGGAAGCUAAUUUUCAAGUAAUGAUUGUAGUCAUGUGUAGCUUUACAUUUGCUCAUCUCCUCUGUAGGCUGAAGUGGCAUCCUAGAAGUCAAUAAAGUUUUUAUGCUUAUUUUACUGAUAGCAUUGUUGUUUGAAUUUGCAGCCAAAAUGACCUCUUAUUCAAACCUUUUUUAAAGAUUCAAAGAAAUCUUAGUCAAGCAACAAAUUAAAAAUGACCUCUAUUUUUCAGUGGGCUUACUCUUUAAUGAGUUCAUCACAAAAUGAAUAUUCCUAACUGGUGUUCUGAUAAAUGAGUAUAUUAGAAUGUUUUUUCAAGUAUAUUUAUUAUUUAUAAGUUAAAAUCCUAACAAUCCAAAUUUCCUAUUUGAACAUUAAGCGAGUACAUAGAGUGAUAGAGAGAGUACUUAUGAAGGAGUAUAGCAGAGAGAUUUUUUAAAAUAAAGAACUCAAUUAUGGAGAGUUUUAUGUAAGGGGGUGAAUUCCAAAUGGAUUAAUGAGAUUAACGCUUAAUUCACAAUUUUGUAUCCACCUCUCUGUAUAGCGCUCUGAUUUUACCAAUGUCCCUAUACCAAGAUCCACUACUCACCCCGACAGAUUUCAAUUUGUGCUUUUAUUUUUAUUAAAAGUAAGUACUUCCGUUAAUGUUAUUCACUUAUCUGAAAUGAAACAAUGAAUCAUGCCUACUACUAGAUUGAUCUUAAGUAAGUACUUAGAGUGAGGACUGAGGAGUAAUAUAUUGUAAAUACUUAUGAAUUAAGUAAAUGAAAAUCAUCGACUGAGAAUGUUUUAGAAUGAUUUUGCAUGUUAAAAACAAGUGACUGAAAUUUAUAUUUGUUACAUUGUUGUAUUGACAAAUAUUUGCUUUAAUUGAAAAGGGUUACUCCAUGCAUGUGUUCUACAUUUGUCAAAAUUUGUCAAAACUACUGCUAUUUUCAUAACUAUUUGUUUGUUUUCUAAAUGGUUAUAUAUGUUUAAGACAUUUACACAUUGUGCGAUUUAAUUAAUCUAUGUAUACUAUCAGUUGUGUGCUUAUCAGCUUAUCACAAAAGAAAAACACUAACUAUAAUCAUUUGUGCUUGCAUAGUUUCAAGUGUGCUUGACUGCUUGCCAUGUUUCAAGUGUCUGUCAUUUAUAUGAUGGUGUUAGAUAGCUUUUGUUGAUUUCUUUCUCAAUGGUACUAUAUAUAAAUUGCGAGAUAAGUGAACGAACUUUCCUCUAGCCAUCUAAAGACGCAUGCAAGGCACAUAGUAUUAAUUUUUCUAACUUAUUAUUCAGAUCAAGGAUGUUACUUCAGUAUUUCUAACUAAAAGUGCAAACAAAAACUAUGUGUAUUUGUUUUCAUUUCAUAUGAAGUGAACAUAUAAAUGUUUGUGCCUAACUUACUUUCUUUUGUGAGAGGAAAAUUCAACUCCUUUAUAUAGUGCAGGAAGAGAUAAUGGAUCAAGUGCUAACAUGUGGAUUGAAAAAGUUAUAAUGUUCUGCUCUUCAAGUGUGAGUGUACAGGUUUCAUAAAGGAGAGGACCCUAGAGGACGGAAAGAAGGGGAUAGGUGAAGGUGAGUGGAGAAGAUGAAGGGCAAGAAUGUGGUACUGGAGAGGGAGAACAGCGAAGGCAAGGAGAAGUUGGACCUGCAACUCUUAGGGCAGAGAGAGAAGGGCUUGGACCUUGGUUAAGGCUGAAAUGCACAAAGUUUUCAUGUCUGUAAUGUGGUUGAUCAAAUUUUUCAUAUAUGUAUUUGCCCCUUUCAAUAUGAUUUUUGGCUUCUUUCAAAAUUUCCAUAUAUCUAUCAAUCAAUAUAUUUACUAUCUGUAGUAUUGUUUUUCACUUUUUUGUAUGAGCUGAAUUGAUAUAUAUAAAUAAUAAGUAGUUGAGGUUAAAGUUACA